AAUUUGCACAAAAAUUGAAAAAAGAAAAUCAACUAGAACGAGUUUAUAUCAAAUCGCUUGAAGAAGAGAACAGAGAGCUGAAAGAAGAAAAUGCGGGAUUAGAAGAAGAAAACUACGACCAGAAAAAAGAAAAUGAAGUGUUAUUUGAAAAUAUAAGAAAGCUUAGCCAUGAACUUAUAGAUCUUGAAUUUAAAAAUACAGGAUACAAAAGAGAAAACUUACCUCUCAAAUCAGAAAUUUUGAUGCUUAGAGAAAGGUUAUUCGAACAAACCCGAUUAAGUGAUUCAAAAGAUUUGAUCAGUUUGAUGAGUCCAAACAUUUUAAACAAUUCGAUAAUUUCAAAGAAAUCGAGGAGUUCGAGCAGUUCAAGUAGCUCAAGAAGUUCAAGUAGUUUGAUAAUCUCGAAGAAUUCAGGCAGCUCGAGGAGUUUAACAGUUCAAUGA